CUCAGUUCCGGUGACAUCACGGAUGACACGUGGAUUCCAAGAUGGCGCAGACGAGGGCAAUAUUAAUCUGGCUAUUGGUGUUUCUCUUAGUCUUGUGUACUUCAUAUUCGUUUUACGUACCAGGUGUGGCACCAAUUGACUUUCAUCAAAAUCAUCCUGUAGAAAUUAAGGCUGUGAAAUUGACUAGCUCACGGACACAGCUUCCAUAUGAAUAUUAUUCCCUUCCUUUUUGUCGCCCAGAAAAAAUUGAAUAUAAGGCAGAAAACCUUGGUGAGGUCUUGAGAGGUGAUCGGAUUGUGAAUACGCCAUAUAACUUGCACAUGAACAGUGAAAAGAAAUGUGAAGUGCUCUGUGACAAGCCAAACAAACCUGUCAGGUUUAAAGUAGCAGAAAGUAAACUGAUUGUAGAAAGGAUUCGAGAAGAAUAUUAUGUUCAUUUAAUUGCAGAUAACCUGCCUGUUGCAACACGCUUAGAAUUUUACCCAAACCAUGAAGACAAUGACAAAAAGAAAGAAAAGGAAGUACAGUUUGAGCAUGGUUACAGACUUGGAUUUAUCGACAACAACAAGUUCUACCUCCACAACCAUCUCUCCUUCAUUGUCUAUUAUCACAAGGAAGAAAUAGAGAAAGACCAGGAACCUACAUACAGAGUUGUGCGCUUUGAAGUUGUACCACAAAGUGUUAAGUAUGAAGAUCUAAAAGCUGAUGAGCAAGGAAAUUGCAUUCUGCCUGAGGCUGCAGGCUCCCUUCCCCAGGAGAUUGAUCCCAACAAAGAAAAUGAUGUGCUUUUUACUUACUCUGUCCGUUGGGAGGGAAGUGUUAUUAAAUGGGCAUCACGGUGGGACACCUACUUAACCAUGAGUGAUGUACAGAUUCAUUGGUUCUCAAUUGUGAAUUCGGUGGUUGUAGUUUUCUUUCUCUCUGGAAUUCUCAGCAUGAUAAUCAUUCGAACUCUCAGGAAGGACAUUGCGAACUAUAACAGAGAAGAUGACAUUGAGGACACAAUGGAAGAAUCUGGCUGGAAACUGGUCCAUGGUGAUGUGUUCAGGCCACCUCAGUAUCCUAUGAUUCUCAGCUCUCUCUUAGGUUCUGGGAUCCAAUUGUUCUGCAUGAUCCUAAUUGUAAUCAUCGUUGCCAUGUUAGGAAUGCUGUCACCAUCCAGCAGAGGAGCACUGAUGACAACCGCUUGUUUUCUCUUCAUGUUCAUGGGGCUGUUUGGUGGUUAUUUUGCAGGCCGUUUGUACCGUACUCUCAAAGGUCACCGAUGGAGGAAAGGUGCUUUUUGUACUGCCACUCUCUAUCCUAGCAUUGUAUUUGGAUUGUGUUUUGUCCUAAAUUGUUUCAUUUGGGGAAAACAUUCAUCAGGAGCUGUUCCUUUUCCUACAAUGUUGGCUCUUCUCUGCAUGUGGUUUGGUAUCUCCCUCCCUUUAGUAUACCUUGGCUAUUAUUUUGGUUUUCGAAAGCAACCAUAUGACAACCCUGUGCGCACCAAUCAAAUACCACGUCAGGUCCCUGAACAGAGAUGGUACAUGAACAAAUUUGUUGGAAUUCUUAUGGCUGGUAUCCUGCCAUUUGGUGCCAUGUUUAUUGAGUUGUUCUUUAUUUUCAGUGCAAUUUGGGAAAACCAGUUCUACUAUCUCUUUGGAUUCUUAUUUUUGGUAUUUAUUAUCCUGGUUGUGUCAUGUUCUCAAAUCAGCAUUGUCAUGGUUUACUUUCAACUUUGUGCAGAGGAUUAUAGAUGGUGGUGGAGAACGUUCUUGGUGUCUGGCGGAUCAGCGUUUUAUGUGCUUGUUUAUGCCAUAUUUUAUUUUGUUAAUAAGUUGGAUAUUGUGGAAUUCAUCCCAUCAUUGUUGUAUUUUGGCUACACAACUCUGAUGGUGCUUUCUUUCUGGCUGCUAACUGGAACUAUUGGAUUCUAUGCUGCAUACAUGUUCAUACGAAAAAUCUACGCUGCUGUAAAAAUAGACUGAAAAGACCAGCAACACAUGGAGUUCAUGUAGAUGAUGGACCUUCUAACUGUAAAUGUUAAUGGACAUGUUGGCAAGCACCUCUUGAUUCCGAAGAAUAUAAUUUUGAAAAAUUCCUUCAGUUUAGGUAUGAUUGCACAGUGUUCACUUUUGGAGCGAUGAGGCAACAAUAUUGGGUUUCUUAAAAGGAAAUUUUUAUAUGCCAAUUUUGUUUCAAAAACAAAUGCCCUUUUUGGAGAAUAAAAUAUUUAGGCUGCUACAUAGGCAUUAAUUAAAGAAAGCAUUCCUACCUUUGUUCCAGUAUGUCAUUGUGAGUAUUUUACAUCAAGAAUUAAAUGAGCUUUUACCUACUUUAUUACAUUGAGUGUUAUUGUGCCAGACACUUAAAAAAAAAUCUAUUACUGAAAAUAUUUGUUGCCUCUUCAGCAGUUGUAUCUUAAAAGUUCAACCAUUUGCAGUUAAGCUGGAUAUGGAAAUUUUGAUGUACAAAUGCAACUAACAGAUUUAAAGCUAGAGCCAAUUCGCAAAGAGGGGUCCAUAGAAUGUCUAUUGAGUGCCAUUGAUCAGAGAAAUUAAUUAGUUGUACUUUCUACGCAGCUCCAUUAAGCAGGAAAAGAUGAUCUUUUUAAAAAGAGGUGUAGAAUAAUGGUAGCUGAAGAAGCAGCAGAGUGACUUACUUAAGUAUAUUUGUAAACAGGCAAUGCCCAUUCUAUUUGAAUACUUUGAAGGAAGCUGACUCGCUCACAGAAAGUAAUGUUAUGGGAAUAUGAUGCCUAGAAUUUGGUUGAGUUUUGAUCGAUGGAUUUCCCACUCCUAACAUUUACACAGUAAGUUGAAGAGUACCUUGUCUGAACACAUUUGUUAUUAUAAUUACAGUUGGGCCAAACAACUGAAGUGGACUAUACACCAAAAAGCUGAUUACACUUAUUUGUUCAGAUGUAAAUAAAGCAAGGUUUUUUUUUUUGUUUUUUAAAUGUUUCUUUUUGAAGUAAUUAAAUAAAAACCAUGUAAACAGGAACCUUCUAGUGGAAGCUUUUAAAUCACUAUAGGUGCAGAAUCAAAAUUGCUGCAGAUUUGUGGGUUCUAAAAUGCAGAAGUGUGGUUUAGUAAGAGUUUGAAAUCGCCUGUACUGUACUGACUAAUGUUAUGGAUUGGACCUCAAUUUACUGAGGCUGUUGUGCAUUUUUAGAUAUGAAUAUAUAUAGGCAUAGCUGCAAAAAUCCAGUAGAAAUAUUAAAGUGUUACCAAAGCCUGACCGACUUUGUUGUUUUCUAUCACUUCCUUUAUGGUUUAUGUGAAUGGCUCAUAAUUAAAGCACUGAAGAACUGCAUUCAGAACAAACAUGUUGCACUUUGUUGUCUGUAUGCAGUGCAUGUGCAAUACAGAUAGAGCAGUUUGUUCUUUAUUUUAAAUACUUCAUAGCUCUAUGAUCUAAACUGGCUUUUUGCAUUGUGUACUUAUUUUUUUCUUGAGCCCUUUUUAAAUUAAGACCAAAUUUGCAUUUUGUUUGGCCUCAAAAUUUGGAAAUGCAGGAAGAAUAGACAUCGUAAAAGUCUCUUAUUUGUAUCUGGACCUGUGAUGAAGAUGGAUGAGAAAAUGAAAACAAUAAGAAAAGAAAUGGAACAAUUACCUAAGUGGCUGCCACCAUGAUUCUAUUUACUAGUCUACUGAUGAAACAUUACAAAAUACAACAUUGACUUCAAUCAGCACAGACACAUCCGAGUCUUUGGCUGUUCAAUAUAUAAUAAACCUGUUGAUUUGCUUUUCUGUACAUUUUUCUCUAACAAUAGUGGUAAUAUAGUCCUUGAAGGGGGGGAGGGGGAAGGGGUGAUAUGAAGUUUACUGUGAUUUAAAUUUUAAGUUUUGUACAUUUCUAAAUAUUUAAAUACUCCUUUUUUGAAAUUCUGCAUUAAAUUCUUUUUUUUCCUCCGUGGUUUCAUGGGAUCCAAUUAAUUUGUGUGUGACUUUCAUGCAAUGGUGUAAAUAAAAGCAGUUUUGUACUUUUGCUUUUUGGUCAUAGGCACUGUAUGGACUGAUUAUGUAAUUGUUUCAAAAGGCAUGUUACUCUUUAUAUAAUGUCCAGUAUAAAAUAAAGUAUGUAAAACUUUCCUUUA